AAGUCUCUUCCCCCCACACUCAGUAACUUCCCAAGUCAACUCUAAAGUAGUUUUGUAUAUAUCACUCUUUCUACCGUUAUACUAUAUUAAUAGCCCAAUCCCCCAAAUUAAUUUUUCCCAAUAACUCAUAGCCAACUUAGUUUUUCUUUAAUAUUUCUCAGUAUCACCAAUAUAUCAAAUCAAAAUGGUCGUUGCCGGAUCAGGCAGCGGCGGCGGAGAGGGUUGGGCCACCACCAAAGGCAUAACCUUGCAAGUCCUAAAUGGCCGAUGGUUCAUGGUAUUCGCUUCACUUUUAAUCAUGUCCGCCGCGGGGGCCACCUACAUGUUUGGUCUCUACUCAAGCGACAUUAAGGAGGUUCUCGGCUACGACCAAACGACUCUCAACUUGUUGUCGUUUUUCAAGGACGUGGGCUCCAACGUCGGCAUCCUUUCCGGUCUAAUCAACGAGGUGACGCCGCCGUGGGUGGUCCUCUCCGUCGGCGCCGUCCUCAACUUCUUCGGCUAUUUCAUGAUAUGGAUGGCGGUGACCAAAAAAAUCCCAACUCCCAAGGUCUGGCACAUGUGUGUCUACAUCUGCAUAGGGGCCAACUCACAGUCCUUCGCCAACACCGGCUCCCUAGUCACGGUGGUAAAAAAUUUCCCGGAGUCACGCGGCGCCGUAUUGGGUCUUCUCAAGGGCUAUGUUGGUCUGAGUGGAGCUAUAAUAACUCAGCUCUACCACGCCUUCUACUUCGACGAUACAAAAGCCUUGAUCCUCCUCAUCGGAUGGUUACCAGCCGCUAUUUCCUUCGCUUUUCUCAGAACCAUUCGGUACAUGAAAGUCAUACGACAACCCAAUGAGCUCAAAGUCUUCUAUAACUUUCUCUAUAUUUCGCUUGGCCUCGCCGGGUUUCUCAUGAUCAUGAUCAUAAUACAAAACAAACUUACGUUUACUCGGCCGGAGUUUGGAGCUAGCGCCGGAAUGGUAAUCUUCUUGCUAAUUGUUCCAAUGGCUCUCGUUGUUUUCGAAGAAUAUAAGCUCUUUCGGUCCAAUAAACUCGACUUCACUAGGAUUGAGGAAAAAAGUAGUAGUACCACUCUUGACGAUCAUAACCAUAAUAAUCAUAAGAAUGCUUCGCAACCACCGAAUUCGGUUUCAGUAUCCGAACCCGAACCCGAAACUGAAGCCUCGUGCUGGAAAACGGCAUUCCAGCCCCCGAACAGGGGAGACGACUACACAAUACUACAAGCUCUUUUCAGUAUCGACAUGUUCAUUCUCUUCAUUGCCUGCAUCUGCGGCGUCGGGGGUACUUUGACGGCAGUCGACAAUCUCGGGCAAAUCGGGUCUUCACUCGGGUACCCGAAACGGAGCAUAAGCACGUUCGUCUCGUUAGUCAGCAUAUGGAACUAUCUGGGUCGGGUCGUAGCGGGUUUUUCAUCGGAGUUCUUCUUGACCCGGUACAAGUUUCCUCGACCUCUCCUGUUGACUUUGAUCAUAUUGCUCUCUUGCGUGGGUCACCUUUUGAUCGCGUUCGACGUCCCCAACGGUCUUUACUUUGCGUCGAUGAUCAUCGGGUUCUGCUUCGGGGCCCAAUGGCCUUUACUGUUCGCCAUAAUUUCGGAGCUUUUCGGACUCAAGUACUACUCAACUCUGUACAAUUUCGGAUCAGUGGCCAGUCCGAUCGGUCUAUAUAUCCUCAACGUGAGGAUUACUGGGCAUUUAUACGAUAAGGAAGCGACGAGGCAAAUGGCAGCUUUGGGAGCCAAACGGAAAUCUGGGCAACAGUUGAUUUGUAAUGGUGUCAAGUGUUUUCAGUUGUCGUUUCUUAUUAUCACUGCUGCGACGUUUUUAGGGUCCUUAGUUUCGCUGAUUCUGGUGCUUAGAACCAGAAAGUUUUACAAGAGUGAUAUUUACAAGAAGUUUAGGGAUGUUGCUAAGGCCAAUGAGACCGAAAUGGCUUUGGCUGAAUAUGGUAUUAAACCAUCUAAUAAUGGUACUACUACAGCAGCCAUUAAUGGAAAGUAAGAGCUGUACUCACACUAAUUUGUGGUAUAUACAUAAAUUUUAUAUACAUUAUUAAUGUGA